GGGGUUAAACACCCCACCCCACCCCACCCCCCUCUGUAUCCGCCACUGUGCUGGAAACGAAUCGAAAGUAUCUUGCACAUCCUGACAAGAGGGGAAACAAAGACUGCUGUGACAAUGUGUUUCCCGUGACAAUGUGUUUCCUGUGUUGUAAUUGCCAGUCUGAUGAAUGACGGCCCAUAGCUUUAGUACAACCAGACAGGACGUUUCAUGGGUAGGUAGGGAGUACUCCGCAACACUGCCGUAAAUCCUGCAGGUAUGAGUGAAUGUGACAGUUUAAUGGAGGUCCCAGACCCAGACGAGAUUACAGGUGACAGCUUCAAUGAUGGGACUCUGCCGGGGGGAUGGAGAAGACGAGGCUGAUGGGACAUCACGGUACAAACGGAUUCCCUCCACAACAGACACACUGGAAGCAGAUCCAAGAUGGAGAAUUACAUUCACUGACAUGACGAGUUGGAUCAAACAACUGUGCCUACGUGAAUGUACUCGCUUCAGAUGGGACCACAAUCACAGCGAGGACGUGUGUCGAUGUGGUCGCAGUCAACAUGAACACACAGGAGAUGAUACAGAUGGAAAAAAACUCAGUACUUGGCAGAAACAGAAGAGCUUCGUUAAGAAAGAGACUGAUACGUUUGGCAGAAUCUUGUUUGAGGCUGUUGAAGUGCCUUCACUGUUUGUCCGCCUUGACACCAAAACAUCGAGUGAGAAAUUGGCUAAUCUUCUGAGCAAGGAUAUCCUGGAAGUGAGCAGUAAUGAUCUGGUCCUCCACUUCGUGGACUUUGAUGAAGCUGAACCUCGUGUUGAUGCUGAUGUUGUUGCAAAACUCCAGGACAAGCUCAAGGCUGGCCUUAAAGUCCUGGCUGAUAAGACAACAACUGAUAAUUCAUACAGGCAGAUUUUCGUGAAUAAAGAAACGCAAGCAUAUGUCCAUAUAAAGGACAAUGAAGUUGACAUCUCUAAUCUCUGGUUCCUGCAGCUAUUUCAGACAAGAAUCCUCAGCUGA